AUGUCGGCUUGGUCAUCUGCCACUGGCAAAGCGCAGCUCUCCUAUGCUGAUCGUCUCAGACAAGCCAGCAAAUCUGCUACACCGACAAGACAGGAUCCUUCCGCUUCCUCCUCUUACUCUUCGGCUCAGCGUACCUCUUCUCAGGAUGCAGCUAAGACUAGCGGCUCCACGCCUACUUCGUUGAGCGUGAACGACUCCCAAAGGAGGUUAUCUAGUGCAUCUGCAACAAGUACCGCCGCCACUGGCAAUGCUUCGAGAGCAACGACCAACUCAACAGCAGCCAAAGAAGACGGCUCUGCUGCUGCUGCUGCUGUUUCCGGUAAAUCAAGUGUAACGCCGCAAAAGAACGCUGCCCCACCAGUCAAUGUCUGGGAGGCAAGAAUGAAGCAAAUCGCCGAACGAGAGGCUGAGAAGGAGCGGGAACGUCAAGCUGCGCUGGCUCAACAAAAGAAGGCGGCUGGAACAUCAGCAACUACUGGAUCCAACAACAACAAUGCUGCAUCGAGUAAAGGCAAGCAGGCUGCGACUUCUGCUACAGGUUCAUCGAACAGGCCAAAGAAGGGCACCGAGCGCAAUUCGAAGAGCCCUGCUAACUCGGGUCAAUCCGAAAACAAGGGCAACAAGCAAGCUGGCCAGCCGAGUCAGUCUUCUAAUCGCGCUUCCAACUCCUCGGUGUCGAUAUCGUCUGCCGCGACACCGACAGCGGCAGCGAGCGGGACAGACAGGACGCAAGCGCCUAAUGCUUCUUGCGCCUCUUCAAGGAAUGGCGAUGCAGCGCCAACGACGCCCAAGAGCGCUAAAGCCGACACUAGCACAUCUGAACAAGUUCGUUCUGCAAACAAAACAGCUCAGCAAUCGUCUCCAGAGCAGACCGCAGCACAGCCACCAAUACUAACAGACAAGCCCCACGCAACAACCCAAUCACAAAAGUCGAAAACUGAGGAGAAGAGCAGCAAAACCUCUGACUCCGCAAAAGCGAACUCACCAAAGCAGCAAGCUGAACAGACUGCCCAAAGCUCAGCAGCUCAAGUACCGCCUUCGACGUCAACCGUACCAGCAACUCCAGCAGCGACUGCGCUGUACGAAGACAUUCCAGCUAGCCCAGCUACUGUUGCUUCAGCAAUUGAGCAAGUGCUUAAGAAUGGUGGGCCGAACGGUGCUCAAACGGAGGACGACGAUGCAUGGCUUGCGAGGAUUCAUCUGUUGAAUGGUGGACAGAAUAUGCCCAAGUUCGGCGGGUUCGGGGUUAAUGGUAUUUCGUCGUUGAGUGACGAGGCUGAAAUGCAAGCGGCGAAGAAUGCGGAGCGUGCGGUGGCGGCUGCUUGGGGCGCUGGCAAGAGUGGUUGGACUAAGUCGCAGCAUCAGCAACAGGGCAAGGCAACUUCAGUGACAACAUCACCCCCCGAAACUCAAGCAGUAAAUGCGGCCACGAGCGACGACGCUGCCCAGGAGAUCAAGGACGACGCCACGGAGUCGACAAGCUCAGGAGCGGAACCCGCCGCAGCUCAAUGCAGUGAGGUCGGCACUAUAGCACCGACGAAGACUCAGAAGGCCGACGCUUCUUCGGCGGACAAGCCGGGAAAGACCGACACCGAUACCACCCCAGCAACGAAGAAGAACAACGAGGACAAACCUCACAAUGAUGCAACAGAGCAACCACCGAAGGGCGUAAAAGGCACCUCCAACCCACCAAAGGCAGCCGCCACUAUCGUUGGCGUCCCUCCCUUUGAAGACGUCAACAACUGGCCCAACCCUCUCGAUGCGGGCAAGAAGCUAUUCGAGAAAUUAAAACCGCCCGCAAUCAACAUCGACACUGCCAAAUCAGACCUCAACAAAGCUGCUGCACAGCCAAAACAGCAAAAGAGCUUCUUCGAAACGCUCGACGAGCUCCAGCUUAGACUUGCUCCCGGUGCGAACCCGCCACAAUCGGCAAACAAUGCUGCAGGAGGAGCGAGGAAGGGCAAGCAGCAAUGGGUAUCGAUUUUGCCCGAGAUUACGCAUUCUUCGACGUCGAAUGCUGGGGUCAAAGCGAGGGUUAAUGUUGAUGGUAAGGCUGAUGCUGGAAAUAAAAGUGCGAAUAGGCAGCAGCAGCAGAGGAAGGAGGGGGCGAACAAGGGUGUGGGUCAGGCGCAACAGGCGCAGGGCGGAGGAAAGAAGGAUGUGGGGGUCAAAAAGGCGAAUGUAAAGAUUGCGCAGGGUGGGAAGGGAGUGCAGGUGGAGAAGGAUGGUUCGGCUUCGAAGAGUGAUGCGCGUGCUGAGGGUAUCAAACCCAAAGCGCCGAAUGCGUCAACCAACAACGCUGAAGUGGACAAGUUGCAAAGCCAGGAUUCAGCGCCAACUCAGCCGACUUGCUCUGCCGCGUCGAGUGCACCAGCCAACGAAGAUUCGACCUCAGCAUUAACUUCGCGAGGAUCUGGAGAUGCUGCCGCCGGGAAAGCACCAAAAGCAGCACGAGCAGCACAACUUCGCCCAUCAGCACCCAACGGCAUCAAUGGCACGUUGAAACCUUCCAAUCCUUCCGGCAACACCAAAUCCAGCACCUCAAGCGGUCCAGGCACCCCUGCCACCGCCAACCGUUCCUCCCCUUGUGGAUCAGUCACUUCAUCACCUCAAGUCCAUCCUCUCCCACGAGCUGCACCUCCAUUCGUCCCCUCCACCACCACCAUCUCAGAUCCCUCCCCUUACCCAAUUCCCAUCUUCUACCCACCAACUGGGCCUUCUGGAGCAGCAACACCGAUGCUUCACCCCACCAACACCCAAUUCCCGCCUUCUUACAACCCUUACCUGCAUUCCACCGCUCCUCUUCCCCCUUCCUCUAUCCCUUAUCUGUUUGACGCAACAAGUCAAACUGGAUCUCCAACCCCGAGUGGGUCUCUGGGACAGUUGUUGGGACAGAUUGAGUUUUACUUUUCCCAGCAAAACCUCCAGGGAGAUUUCUUCUUGAGGCAGAAAAUGGAUGGUCAGGGAUGGGUAGAUAUCGCAAUGGUGGCAGGGUUUAAGAGAGUACGCGGGAUAACGGGGGAUGUGGAGAUGGUUAAAGAUGCGUUAUUGUGGAGUGCGGUAUUGGAUGUUGAUGUGGAGAGGAUGAGAGUUAGGAGGCGGUUCGGGUGGGAACUUUACACUCUGAAUCCCCCGGCGAUGAAUGGUGCGAAUGAGGAUGGGAGUGAAAAAAUCGAGAAGGAGGAUGGGAAGGGGAAAAGGAAAGAGAAAGAAGGGGUAGAGGGGAGGAAGGAAGAGAAAACGAUAAGGGUGGAACAGGGAAGUGAAGAAGACGAGCCGGCUUUGGGUGUGGUUUCUGCUAGCGGAUUCGGGGGCGCUUUGCGAGCCUAA